GAACAAGCAGCAAGAGCUCGCCGUCGCCGGCGCCGGCGCCGGCGCGCGGCAACAUCGCCGUCGACCUCCGGCCGUUUCUUGUCGAGUUCAACGACGGCCGCAGGUGGAUCUUGGUGCGCCACGAGAGACAAGACGAGGAGCGGGAACGGCGUCGCGACGAAGGACGUCGUCAUCGACGACGAGACCGGCGUGUCGGUCCGCGUGUUCCUCCCCGUCGACGCGGCCGCGGCGGCCGCGGCGGCCGGGAGGAGGCUCCCCCUUGUCGUCUACGUCCACGGCGGCGCCUUCUGCACGGGGAGCGCCUCCGCCAGGAUGUUCCACGACUACGCCGAGUCGCUCUCCGCUCGCGCCGCGGCGGUCGUCGUGUCCGUGGAUUACCGCCUCGCGCCGGCGCACCCCGUGCCCGCGGCUUACAACGACGCGUGGGCGGCGCUCCGGUGGGCGGCUUCCCGCCGCCUCUCCGACGACACCUGGGUCGGCGACUACGCCGACCUCUCGUGCGUGUUCCUCGCCGGCGAGAGCGUCGGCGCCAACAUCGUGCACAACGUGGCAGUACGUGCCGGCGCCGCCACCCGCAACGCUGGCGAGGUGUUCGACGACGACGACGACAUCGACAUCGAGGGCAUGAUACUGCUGCAGCCAUACUUCUGGGGCACCGAGCGGCUGCCGUGCGAGACGCGCACGCGCGAGCCGCCGCCGAUGCUGCUGCCGGAGAGGAUCGACGCCCUCUGGCCGUACGUGACGGCGGGCAACAACAACAACGGCGGCGACGAUCCCCGGAUCGACCCUCCCGCCGAGGCGAUAGCGUCGCUGCCGUGCCGCCGCGCGCUGGUGAGCGUGGCCACGGAGGACGUCCUUCGCGACCGCGGGCGGCGGUACGCGGCGGCGCUGCGCGGCGGCGCGUGGGGCGGCGAGGCGACGCUGGUGGAGUCCAGGUGCGUGGAACACUGCUUCCACCUCUUGCCGGAGUUCGGCUCCCACGCGGAGACCGGCGUGCUCAUGGAUCGCGUCGCCAUGUUCAUCGCCAAGGGCAAGACACCACCACCGAUCAGCAUGCUGAUGGAGGAGGAGCGCGCCACUAAGAAAACGAGGUCAAGUGCGGUGGUGCCAGCUUGUUGGAGAGUUCCCCGCGGGCCGAGGUGUACGGCCCAAGCUGUGGUUGGGCUUCGACGUGCCGGGUUUGGGGUGGGCAACAUGAUCAGGCUUCCCAGUAAGGCCCAGAAGUAUCAUCGUGUUCCUGCAAUUGCUCUACGGAGUGUGCUCCAGAGUUAUUAUCUCUGAGACUCUGAUGACUAAUGGAAACAGUUGUGUUACUGCCUUGGAUGUUUCACGGACUAGUUGUUAUUAUUAUGUGUGUAUUAUUGUGGUACGAAGAUAAUCUUUUUAAUAAUGGAAUUUAUUUGGGCUAUUGCUUCGAAAUAACUAGCCCCAA